CUUCCUCAGUUGAGCGAUGGCAGCGUGGCGGAGGCGCCUCGACGAGUGGCCAUCGAGGGAGGUCCAGGAAGCGGCAGGACCACCCUGUGUCUGCGACUCCUGCAUCAUUGGGCCACCCAGGAUGAUGGACCAGCCCUGGCAUUCAUCGUGCCCCUCAGGGAGCUACGAGGGAGUGGUCUCCUGAAUUACCUGGCCAGGGAACUCUUCCCCAGAACAGCGGCGCUGGGCGACGCGGUGGCCCAGGUGUGGCGCACCCUCCACCUGAUGGAAGACCGGGUCCUCUUCGUCCUGGACGGUUACGACGAGUGUGUGGGCGGCAGGGCAUCUCUAGGCGACGCGGUAGACUUUCUAGAAGGCAGACUAUUCCCCGACGCAAGGAUCCUGGUGACCUGCUCUCCGAGUAACUGGUCUGCCCUGUCGCCGUUGGUCCAGAGGAGGAUCCACCUAGCUGGGCUAGAGUGGCCGCACGUGGAGCGGCUCUGCGUGGCCUACUUCAUCCAUAACGACAUCGCCGAGAAAGCUUGCGAGUUCCUGGAGGCACUGAACGUCCAACCACAGACUGUGAAGCAGCUUGGCCAGCACCCUCUGGGCUGGAUCAUGUUGUGCUCCCUGUAUCAGGACUCCGGGUGCUUGCCAACAGAAACCAGCGCCUUGGUCCAGGCGGCCGUCAAGUGCAUCGUGAAGAGGAGCCUCGAGCCCCCAGUUCCCUUCAACGAAGAAAUCCCCGGUCACUGUAGGAAGAGGCUGGAGGACUUUGGGAAGCUCUCCCUUGCCGCCCUCAGAGAGGGAAGGUGCUGCUAUACCGAGGCUGAGAUCCGGGGUCGAGGUGGAGGGAUCGAAGUCACCAGAUUGGGAUUCCUCACCAGGGGACUCACGUUCGGACAGCGGAGGAAGCCUGAUCUGUACACGCCGAUUCAUAUCGCCGUUGCCGAGUUCCUGGCUGCUUAUUACCUGACAUCCGUUGCGCAGUACGCGAACAUCCUCAGACGAGAACUUGAGGGACUGCCGUCGGGGAUAAUCGGGCACUUGGCUGGGCUGCUGGGACCCAAGACACAUCUCAUCCUGAACCAACUUUGUCCUUUGGAGGUUCCACCGAGGACCGUCUUCUCCCUGCUGAAGGCUGCUGGUGCCUCGGAUGGAAACAUCGCUGCUGUCUGCAGGCUCGUUGGCGGUGGUCCUGGUUUUGGACCAGCUCCAAACGAAAGACCGCCUGCUCCUUUGGUGCACACCUCGCCUUUGGAGCUGGAGGGCUGGGCCCGGAUCCUGGAGUCUCCGGCCUGCACUCUGGAGGCCAUCGAAGUCGUCUUCCAGCUGGAGAGGGGCUCCGAUCCGAGAUACUUGGACGACUUCUUUGAAGCUCUAGCUGGAAACGAAAGCGUCAAACUCGUCAGGAUUACUUCGCUCUUGGGGCAAGAGUUCCCUGCCGAUGAGGCGCAAAGACUCGCUGGACAUCUCAGGAGCGUCCUGGGCAAGAAGAGGCUCAACGACUUCGAGCUGGUCAUCACUUGCCUCGAGGAGUCGGCACAUGAUCGACUCGAAUGCGUGGUGAACGCUCUAUGCCGUGGACUGAGUCAGGCCUCGAGUCAUCUGUCGCGACUCGUCCUCGACAUGAACCUGUCGGGUGAACAAGUGUCGCGCGUCUGCGAGGCCCUGCGCGACUGCGUGCAGGUGCAGGCCCUGCAUCUGCCCCACCUGGGCUGCGGAUGCGAGGGACUGGCCUCCGUCGCGGAGCUCCUGAAGGAGCGACCCCUCCUCGCCCUGAAUCUCGCCGGGAGCUGGGGCACCAAGAACGAGGACCCGUCCAGCUCUGGAAUCAGUAUGGGCUCGGGCUCGGGAUCUGGCAGCAGCGGAUGUGCAUCGAGCACCCUGGGCACGCUACCCUUAAACCGCUGCUAUUCCUCUCUUCCAAGAGGCGCUUUGACAGCUUACGGAAGUUUAACCAGGCCAGCCACCCUGCCGCGACUUCCGCUAGGGUUUGGACUGGGUCCAGGACCAGGCUCCGGGAAUGGUCCAUUACCGCCCAAUGACAGAGAUCGCGACAGCAACGGCAGCAGCAAGAGGAACAGCGACAGCGUCCUCUGUCAUAGACUGCCCCUGCUGCACCCCCUGCCAACCUGUGAUGCACCUAGUCAUCAGGGCACCGGCUUCCACGAGAUCUUCAGUGCCAUCAGGUCGGUAUAA